UUAUCCUUUCUUUGUUGUGUUAACAUUCUUUUUAACUGCAGUAACAGCAUAUGUUUGCCCUGAUUGGCAAAGAAACUGUGCUGAUGGACACAAAUGUGUCGACGAAAAAAGUUUGUGUAACGGAACCGUAGAUUGUAGCGAUAUGUCAGAUGAAGAUCCAGGCUUUUGUCGAGAAUAUAGCUGUAGUGAUUACGAUCAAAAGUGUUCUGACGGAUUACAAUGUAUCGGUAAAUACAGUUUAUGUGACGGCUAUGAAGACUGCACAGAUGGAUCAGAUGAGGAUCAAGACUUUUGUAGAGUAAUGGAAUGUGACAGCGACAACGUGAAAUGUGAUGAUGGCAUACAAUGCAUUUAUAAACCAAAUGUAUGUGACAAAUACACACAUUGCAAUGACAAAUCUGAUGAGAAUGAAGAUAUGUGUAAAGCUAGAACUUGUGAACCUUACGAGUCAAAGUGUGCAGACAAUUAUCAAUGUAUAAACAAAGACAAGGUUUGCGAUGGAAAUAAGGACUGUUAUGAUGAGUCUGAUGAAGAUCCAGUGGCAUGUAAAGAAUACCAAUGUCCAAAAAGUAAAGUUAAAUGUACGGAUGGAAAAGAAUGUGAACGUCUAGACAGUAUCUGUGACGGCCGUGAAGAUUGUCGUGAUGGUAGUGAUGAAGAUAUAGAAAAAUGCAAAGAUUAUGAGUGUCCUCACGGAUUUGUUAAGUGCAAAGACGGACUGCAGUGUGUUCGUGAUUUUUACAUGUGUGCUUGGAAUUUUCUUGAUCCUGUUCCACAGUGUAAAGAUGGUUCCGAUAAUGAUACAGAGUUUUGUUCAGCUAUCGAAUGUCCAGUUCAUCGUGUAAAGUGUCCGAAUGGUCAUGAAUGUGUACAUCAGUCAACGAUUUGUUCUGGGGAACAGAUGUGUAAUGGCGAGUCAGAAGAUGAACAACAAUUUUGUACAACACGUAGUUGUGGUAACAUGAUGUCCAAAUGUGAUAAUGGAUAUCAAUGUGUGUUUGAUUUUAUGAAAUGUGAUGGCUACGCAGAUUGUUCAGAUGGUUCAGACGAGAAUCCAGACUUCUGUUUAAAGAAUCGAAUCUGUCCAGUCGGAAUGGUGAAAUGUGCAAAUAACGUUCAGUGUAUCUAUGAAAUGCAUUUUUGUAGUGGAUUUCCUGACUGCAGCGAUGAUUCGGAUGAAAAUCCAAAGAUGUGCACGAAAGACAGAGUUUGCCCUACUGGAAUGUCAAGAUGUUCUGAAAAUAAUCCGAUGUGCAUAUAUGAUAGUUGGUUCUGCAACGACCUACCAGAAUGCGAACACAGUGAGGAUGAAAAUCCGAAUAUUUGUUUUAAUCGUCCAAAAGGAUCCAAAAUAUUUCCGGAUUUUUAGUAAAGAGUAUAAGCUAUCAUCAUACGACGACAGAUAACAAAUGCAUUAUGGUAUGCAUGCUACUUGCCUAUACUGUACACAAGGGAUUGCAAUUUUGUUCGUAAAUAAUUUGUUUUGAGAUUUUAUUAUUAUAUAUUAAAAACGUUAUACAAUUUGCCCUGGCAUUGAUAGAUUUCAAUCAGUUUAUUUGUAUCGAUGAUGAAAAGCAAUUGCUAA